CUCACCUGGCGGUUUCCUUGUUUUAGGGAACACGAACUGUGGAUAACAGUUGAACAGUUUACGGCGAAAAGUUCUCCUUAACUCAAUAAGACGAACGUAAACUAUUUGCUAGGUUUUUAAAACAUGCCUCGAGCGUUCUUGGUCAAAAAAGUGAACUUCUCUGCUGGGAGAAGAAGCUGGAGUGAGGUUCCGGAUUCGGCUCGCGGGGACGUGUAUAUACCUGAGUGCCUUUUUCCACCAUAUGUGCAUGACGUCUCUGAGGGAAGCAUUGCAGAAUCCUCCUGCUUCACAGCUGCACAGAAAAACAGCACAUUUCUACAUGUUCAGUCACACGUCCCGUCAGCACAGCUGCCAUCCUCUGCUGCACAGGGUCAACCUGAUGAUCACAAGCCAGAAUGUUGCAUUAGGACCCAAAGUGUGCCUUACAUGCGCUCAAAGAUAAAGUUAACUACAGGUAAUAUGCCAUCUCAUCAACCUGCCAGCCCAGAAAAUGCAAGCAAAAUAGUGGAUAUUCCACCUGCUGAGUCAGGAUUAUCCUGUCAAGUGUGCCAGAAGACUUUCACUACAGCACGCAUGCUGAAACGCCAUCUAAAGUGCCACAGUGAAACAAAAAAAUACUCCUGUGAGCACUGUGGAAAGGGAUUUAAUGAUACUUUUGAUCUGAAGAGGCAUGUGCGUACUCAUACCGGUGUGAGGCCUUAUAAGUGCACUAUGUGUGCUAAAGCCUUCACACAGCGCUGCUCUUUAGAGGCUCACCUGAAGAAGAUCCACGCCGUCACUCAACAGUACGCCUACAAAGAGCGAAGAGACAAACUGUAUGUGUGUGAGGAGUGUGGUUUGACUGCGCAGACGCGGGAGAGUCUGCAGAAUCACCUUCAAGCUCAACAUCCACACAGACUAAUAACCACAAAAACGAAUCAAAAACUGGCUUAUGGCGAGGAAGGAAACGCAUCACCCGAAAGCCCUCAAACACAGUGCUGAGUCAAAAUAGAAGAUGUGGUUAUUGAUAAAUUAUAGCUAUUCGUUUUGUUCAAGUUCAAAUGCACUUUUGUACAAUCAGUAAUUUUACACUACAAUAUCUGUUAAUUAGCAGUUUCCUGUAGCUUAAGAUUCAGUUUUUACUUUAUAAAUGCAAUACGCGAGCUCUGCUUUGACAAAUUUGAUUAUUGAUAUUAGUUUAUUGAUAUUUUAAUAGUUUGAAACAAUUGUCUAGGUUGUUCAUGUAAAUUAAAGUACAAAAUCGUACAAUAAGCUGCCCGAACUUAUGUUAUUGUAUGGGUUUAUUUUUAUUUAUAUGAUAAUUUCGAAUAUUUUUAUUUGUAUGUUUUUUAUAUGUUUAUACAUCCAAACAUACAUCUUUAUAUAGUUUCAGACUAAUAAAAUAUCAUUGAAUCAUUUUGUUAUAAGUUUUAAAUCUAAAUUUGUCAGAGCUGAAAACAAGCUCCCGUAUAAGUCUAAAUAAAGAGAAAACAGCGAUGGAUCAGGAGCAACAGUUAAUUAACAGAUAUGUUUUACAGUGUAAUGGCAGAAACAAAUAGGAACUUUUUGAAAUUAAGAAAAUCAUUCUGAUGUUGUGAGUCACAAAUUAUGCAUGUGCAGUAAAAUAUUAUUUCUGUUGUGGGGUAAAAUAUAGCACAAAAUGUAACUUUUUGGACAUUUAAUUGCAUUACUGCAUGCUAUUUAAUUAAAAUUGAUAUCAAAUGCAGUUUGUUGAACACAGUAGUGCUUUUUCAACAUUCUUAAGUGGGAUUAAAAUGUAUCUUUAUAUGCAAUUUCAGAAUUAUUUC